UUUUCACCUUUGUCAAACCUUUGGCUCGUUUUCAAAAGGUUUGCCCUCUUUUUUGACCACUCAUCCCUUAACCAUCAAAACCAAUAUAUAAAUGUCCUUAUCUUAAUUCAUAUACCAUAAAGUUUGUGUAUGGCUUAAAGUUGGGCAAAUAAAGAAUAACAAAGCAUCUUGAUUUAGAAAUGGGGAAUAGCUUGGGAGGUAAAAAGAUGACCAAAGUGAUGAAAAUAAACGGGGAAACAAUGAAGUUGAAGACCCCGGUGAGAGCGGAGCAAGUGGUGAAAGAUUAUCCAGGGCAUGUACUUUUAGAAUCAGAAGCCGUUAAGCAUUUCGGUAUUCGAGCAAAGCCAUUGCAGUCGCAUCAAAGCUUGGAGCCCAAGAGGCUUUACUUCUUGGUAGAGUUGCCAGAGGCUCCCAAAGAGAGAGUUCCGAGAAGGGUCCGGUCGGGAAUAAACAUGAGUGCUAAAGACAGGCUGGAAAGCUUGAUGCUAUCAAGGAGAUCCGUGUCGGAUCUUACACUCAUGAAACCCAUAAUUGCGAUCCCCGAGGAGGAGAAUGAAGAGGAAGGAGGAGGGUCGGAGAGUGGAGCAAUGAGGGUAAAAAUGAGGCUUCCCAAGUCCCAAGUUGAGAGAUUGAUCAAAGAAAGCGUAAAUGAGAGAGAGGCAGCAGAGAAAAUCAUGCAACUUUGCGUGGCCAACACCGGGAACAGCUCACGUGCUGAAGUUGAUAAGCAGCCGCAACUGCAUUGGAAAGCCAGCCAUGGAAGCAUCGGAGAUGGUUUCAAGGCUCGUGAGAAUAUUGAGGAUGUUGAACAGGAAGAAAUCCGUUGGAUUAGUAAGAAACGGGUGAGUUUCAUGGCAAUGAAUGAAGGAGGGAGCCAAAUAGCAGUGACAUCUUAAAGGCAUGAAAUAUGAGGUGCAGAGACCUCCUUUGCCUUCCAACUUAAUUUCACUACACCUCUGCUUACAUUUCAAACCGUCACUUGUGUUUUUCUUCUCUCUUUUUAGUGUACAUACAACAAAUUUAGCUUUGAAGCUUUAGGGUUUUCAUCGAAGAGCUUAGAGUAACGAGAGAUGUAACCUUUUCCCCAGAUGAUUUUAUAUGAAAAUCUUUCGCAUUCUAUCUAUCUACCUACGUGUUAUACGCUUGGAAGUACACUGGCUUUUAGAUUGAAAUAACCUAAAGGCUAAAGAUGAGAGAUGAUGUUAGCCCUGGCUGGAAAAACAGGAAACAAACUUUCAUGUACUAAAAUGAUUUUUGAGGAAUUGGUUGUUUUAUGUUAUUGAAAUUUAAUAUAUAUACAUAUAAUUUGUGAGAAUUAGAAAUAAAGUGUCUUACAGGGAUAUCUAUAUAUACAUAAUAUAUAUUAAGAGUUUGAUUGAUUGGGUGUCAAUGGUCAAUUGAUUUGUAAAAUUAUACAUCAAUAAAUAUUAUUUUAAGAA